CUGUUGGUGAAAGUCUUCAGAAAGAAGCAUUGAAAAAACAAGCAAUGAAACAGACUAAACUGGAGAUUCAGAAGGCUUUAGAGGAAGAUGCUACAGUGUACGAAUAUGACAGUAUUUAUGAUGAAAUGCAGCAGAAGAAGAAAGAAAGUAAUGCCAGUCUGUUAUCCGGAAAAGAUGACAAAAAGCCCAGAUACAUCCACAAUAUCGUCAAAGCAGCUGAAAUUAGAAAAAAGGAGCAAGAAAGAAGAAUGGAAAGAAAAAUCCAGAAAGAGCGUGAAAUGGAAGGAGGAGAGUUUGAUCACAAAGAGGCUUUUGUGACUUCAGCCUAUAAGAAGAAGCUGCAAGAAAGGGCUGAGGAGGAGGAAAGAGAAAGAAGAGAGGCAGCUCUUGAGGCAUACCUGGAUGUGACCAAACAGAAGGAUCUCAGUGGAUUUUACAGACAUCUUUUAAACCAGCGGGUAGGGGAAGAAGAGAUGCCUAAAUGCAGCUUCCGUGAAGCCAGGAUAAAGGAAGAAAAAUCUGACAGUUGUUACGAUGAAUCCAACCAAAGGAACAAAUGCCCAUACAAAGGAGAAAAACUGAAGCCCUCUGCUAAGAAAGAGAAUAAUCCAGACGCUGAUACUGACAUAGGAACUGAUAGUAGUGAUGAUGAUAAGAGAUAUAAAAAUAGUAAAGUAAAUUUGAAAAAGAAGAAAAGGAGAAAGAGCUCUGUGAGCAGUGACGAGGAGGCUAAACAUCACAAGAGCCAGAGACACUCCAGGUCACCGAGCUCAUCCAGUGUGGAGGAAGAGCCACGCGCAAAAGCCCCAACAAAUCAUCUUGGGAAGAGAGGAGAGAGCCAGCCAAGCAGAAGGGGAAAUAAUGAACAAUACAGGGAAAAAGACUAUGAGAGGAGUAGGACCCAUGAAAAGGAUCACCAAAGGGAAAAGGAAGAGCAUCAUAGAUACGGAGAUCACGCUAACAAAGAUAACUACAGAAGGAGGGAAGAGCAAGAUGAUAAACAAAAGGGGAAGGAAAGAAAAGAGAGGGAGGAGCACAGCAGAGACUGGAGGAAGGGAAAGGAGAGAGAAGAGAAGGGCUCCGAAAGGGAUCGAGAGAAAGAAAGAAUGAGAAAUGGUAAAGAUAGAUAUAAUGACAGAGAGAGGGAGAGAGGAGAGAAAUACAGAGAAAAGGAAGAUCAUGGGAAGGAGAGGAGAGAGAAAUAUGGUAGUGAUGAAAAAAAAUACCGAGAGAGGAGGGAAGGUACUCCUGAGUCUUUAGAAAAAGACGGAGAGCUGGAUCUGGGAAAGGAGAGAAAGGGAAAAGAGAAAGAGGCGGAUGAGAAGGGAAGAUCCAGCUCUGGAAUUUCAUCUGUGCAGAAACGUAAAGGUGGAGAAGAAGGGGAGAAAGAACAAGCACAGAAACCAUCUGAGGGCAUGAGCAAAUUUGCCAAACGGAGCAAUGAAGAGACAGUGAUGUCAGCCAGGGACCGCUAUUUGGCGAGGCAGAUGGCACGUGUCAGCAGUAAAUCUUACAUUGAGAAGGAAGAAGAUUAA